UUUCCAGCACUUUCGGUGCGUUCAGCUUCACUGCUCAUCUUGGUAGUACCGGUGUUGCUUUCUUUCUUGACGGCAUUGCCAAUAUCAUUGAAAAAGUUAUUUAUACCGUGGCGAACCCGUUCAACGUUGUAAACGAUCUUAUGGUCUGUAUCCUUGACGGCGUGCUUAACAUUGCGUUCUUCUGACAUAUUGUUUCAAGUUAGUUGUAACGUUGCAAAUAGAGUGAUGCGUUCAAAAAUUCAACGACACGAAAACGAAGUUUCUCAAUGGAAAUCUGAAUUGUUUUGAAUUUGUCCUAUUAGUUAAUGUCAAACACAGCGGCGGACCCUUCUCUAUAUAUAGUAAUUGCCUCUUAGGCUCACGCGCCUCAUAUCGUGUUCAAUUACGUCAUCAUGAUUUAAGUCCUUGUUCCAUAGGUAAAUAAACAAUUCGACGGAAAAGAAUGUUUCUGUUGAAAGAACAUGGAUGGAUACAGUCAUGGAAUGAAUUCACAAUUCAAAACUUUCGUUGAUGAGUUCUUUCGUUGAAGCUUGUUUCGUGUUAGUCUGCUUGUGACAUUUUGCAUACAGAACGGUAGGAAAAGAGGAAGGUUGAAUAACAAAGGCAGAAAAAGAACACAAUAUUCUACUCUAACCUUUAGGAUACAUUGAGGAAAGAAGCCUGGAAUGGAUUAAUUUCCUAACACAGCAAAGCAGUUGUCUACUGUCUGUUGACAUGGUCGAUUGGUAAAACAUUCGUUACUAUCCAUACAAGGUCGCAUCUGAGCAAAACACAAUUGAUGACUUUUUCAUUUUACUACAAAUCAUAUUGUUGUAUUUAAGAAUCCAAUUGCAUACUUCUGGUACAAGUCAAGAAAAGUAUACAUGGCUGACUACGAAGCCACCAAACCAGGCAUGUCAGAAAACCCCAGGCAAAUUUUAUACAAAUUACUUUUUAGAACCAUUUUAUGAAUCAGUCAUUCAUUUUGUUCUACUUAUGAUUGUACAAUUUCUUCUGCUGUAUUUUAUUAAUUUAAUUUAAUUUUACUCUUUUUUUAUUUAUUUUCUCGGACUUGUUUACAUUCAGGUUUUACCUAGCAACGGCUGCCAUUUAUUUACCUUGCCUACUCUGUUCGUUUACACCGAGGCGUCUACUACCAAAUUUGAGUAAACACAGAAAAGACUGCGAGAGAGGAAUUCGACCUUCUCGCAUUGCCUUGUUAUUUAUAGAAUGGCUACAACAUUAAACUUCAAUGCUCAGUCAUCCAAUCCUUCGAAGAGCUUUUCAAACUACUUUUGGGGAGUGAAUGAUGAAGGAUACCAUGCAUUACUUUCUAGAUUCAGUGAAAUCAAACACAUCAAUGAAGACCUACGAUCUUUUUUUCACGAAAGAGCAAGCAUUGAAGAGGAUUAUGCUAAACGGAUGGCCAAAUUGGCUCGCUCGAAUGUGGGUGCCAAUGAAACCGGAACUUUAAAACAAUCCAUUCAGAGUAUGAAGACCGAGGUGGAUACAAUGGGCAAAAACCAUCUCGCAAUCGCUCAGCUUUUACAAGAUGAUGUUUCCAGCGCUUUUAGUCGCUAUGCGAUAUCUUUGAAAGAUAAAAAGAAAACUUUUAUAGCGAACAUUGAAAAAUGCCAUAAGGAUAAAGAUUCAAAGAAACAAAGUUUCGAAAAGGCACAAGACAAAUACCAUUACCUAUGCAAAAAGGUUAACUAUUACGUUUCCCAGCAGAAUAUGCUAGUUGGAAAGGAACUAGAAAGGAAUAAUUAUAAACUGAACAAGACUCAAAAUUCAAUUGCAUCAAGCGCUUCCGAAUACAAAGCUAGCGUCCAAACCGUCUCAGAUACCUACAACCGUUGGAUAAAGGAGUGGAAGAUUGCUUGCGAUAAGCUACAAGACAUCGAAGAAGAACGUCGUCACUUUUUAAGAAGCGUCCUUUGGACGUUUACUCUUCUCGUUUCUCGAAGCGCUUUUAAUGAUGAUGAAGCUUGCGAGCGAAUUCGAAAAUCUUUAGAGACGUGCAACGUCAAGAACGACGUUUUGGGCUUUAUCGAUUCUCGAGCUACGGGAACUGGUAUUCCCCAGCCUCCUAAAUUUUAUGACUUUUACAAAGGUGAAUCUCCUGAAGACGUUGUGGAGCUAGUCCAAGCAAAUUUCGAACGCGCUCCGUCCAACGUCGAAAACGAUAACAUGACCCUAAAUCGACCUUACACUCUUUCCGCAGCUGCUCGAACAGGGAAUGCUACUUUGGAAGGAUCCUCUGGUUCACAAAACGUCUCUGCCGCAGUCAAUCAGACAGCUGCGUCAUUGUCUUCCAACUCGUCGCAAUCAGGGCGAAUGUCUCCACGUAAAAAAUUUUUUAGUAAAUUUAAGAAGUCGAGUCGUCCUGUUACCCCUAAUGUUUUGAAUCCUUCUUCGGAUAUGACUCCUAUGGAUGAAAAUUUUCAGAAAUUAUCCAUGCAAAGCAAUAAGCCUGAUACUGAAUCAGGAACAGCUAACCCCCCACCUUAUCAAAGCGUUUCUCCAAUUUCCAGACGACAACAGAUUCAGGAUGAAUUUAGUAGUGUUAUGAAAAUGGAAAAUAGAGCCGUAUCACCCAUUUCUGAUAACCGUAAAAACAAUACUUCUCUCAGUUUGCGAAAAACCCAGUCUUCAAGGCCUUCGUCUUCUACAUCGCGUCGUGCGUCUAGGUUACCACGAUCUCUGACACCUGGUGCUAUCGAACCGGAUUAUGAAUAUGGAGUCAAAGCAGAUCCUGUUGGAAGCCUGGGAGGAUCCUUGAAUGAUGACGAUUAUCAAUCAGAACUCGAAUCCUCUAUUACGGAUGACUUUCUUGCUUCAAAUGGAUACGGCGUCGCAAACUUGUCACAGCCUAUGCCUGGUGAAUACGAUACUGAAGAACAUCCUUCUUUAGAUCUAGAAACCCCAACAAGUUCUGACGGACAAAAAAUCCUUGGAUACGUUCAUGCUCUGUACGACUACAAUGCUGCUAUUCCUGAAGAGAUUUCUUUCCAGAAAGGCGAUACCAUUGCUGUAAUCAGACUUUAUGAAGAUGGCUGGUGGGAAGGCUUCGUCGUUGGUGACGAUGAUCAUAAUAGAGGCCAAUUCCCUUCUAAUUUUGUCCGUCAAAUUGAUGUUUAAUCCUCAGUAAAUGUUUUUCAGACCUUGUGCGUUCUUUUUUUCUUGCAUGCUUUCCAUCUUUUUGUUUAUUUUGUGAUAUUUAGUUUAUUUAUCGUUUUGAAAUCUAGUUGGUUGACAACUCUAAUAACUUCAAAGUGCUGACAUUCACAGAAAUAAUAGAGACAUUAACUACCAU